AAUGUGACCUUGAGGGAGAAAUUACCGGAAAAUAAAGGGAAGAAAGUGUAAAAAGACAAUAAAAAUAGUUUUCCUAACAAGAUUCCCUAUUUUGUAGUUAAAAUAAGUAUCCAGAGUAAUUAAUAAGUAAAUUUGUAAUCGAUAGUGUAAGUUUUUUCUUAAAAACACAAUGCAUAUUAUUUAAAACAGCACCCUUUAAACAAAGAUUGACAAUAAAUCUAAUAAUUUAAAAUAACUGAAAACCACAGUGUGAUAAAACCUAUCGACGAAUCCUACAAUGGAGAGAAGACUUGACAUUGAUAAACCCCUUUGGAGCCAGGACACCUUCCUAGGACGUUGGAAGCAUUUUGCCUUUAUUACAGAUCCUCGUCUGUGUAUUUUGAGAGAGCAGGAAUUGGAUAAAGCAAAGCAAUUAUUGGAGCAAUACCGGAAAGGUCUGGAACCUCCUAACACAAAACUAGAAGAUGUUAUACGAGCUAAAAAGAUUUAUGAAAGUGCUUUUCAUCCAGACAGUGGAGAGAAACAAAAUGUUUUUGGAAGAAUGUCUUUUCAGAUGCCAGGUGGUUGUCUAAUAACUGGUGCUAUGUUACAGUGGUAUCGAACUGUCCCCGCUGUAAUCUUCUGGCAAUGGGUCAAUCAGUCGUUUAAUGCAUUCGUCAAUUAUACAAAUCGAAAUGCACAAUCACCCAUUACAACGACCCAAAUGGGCAUAGCCUAUUUGUCUGCUACCUCAUCAGCUAUUGCUGUGGUAUUUGGCAGCAAAAGAUUUUUAGAGAAAAGAGCAGGACCAUUAUUACAAAGGUAUGUGCCCUUUUUGGCGGUGGCAGCUGCGAAUUGUGUGAACAUUCCUCUAAUGAGACAGACUGAAAUAACAAAAGGAUUAGAAGUGGAGGACGAACAGGGUAAAAAAUUGUGCCACUCUAAAUUGGCAGCAGUUAAAGGUAUCAGUCAAGUGGUUCUUUCAAGGAUAGUCAUGUGUGCCCCUGGCAUGACUAUUUUACCUGUUAUCAUGGAAAAGUUGGAAACUUAUCCUUGGUUCAAGCGGAUGCAGAAGUUACAUGCGCCGUUUCAAAUUACUGCAGUUGGUUGCUUUUUAACCAUUAUGGUUCCAACGGCUUGCGCAUUGUUCCCCCAGACAGCUUCUAUCAAGACUUCGACCCUGAUGAGGUGGGAACCGGAUCAAUACGAGAUACUAGUUAAGAAUUGUGAAGGGAGCAACAUUCCAGAAAAGGUUUACUUUAAUAAAGGACUGUAAAAGGGUAACCUUGGUCCUGUAGUAUUAAGAAUAGAAUUAUAGGGAGUUUAAGUCCCACAGGAAAAUGAUAGAUAAGUGACUUUUAUUGUUGCUGUAUUUGACUUAUGCAGUUGUUUUAUUGAUAUUAUUUUAAUUGUCGGUGCUUUAGCAAUUUACAAUGCACACUGAACAUUUCACAAAUUUUUAUAUAUAAUUUUAAUUAUCAAAUUUUUAACUUUAUGUAUUUAUAUUUUUGUAUAUUUAAGUUCAAUCAAUUGGUUUUACCUGAAUAGGCCUUUCUAAAAAUUUAUCACACUGAUGUGCUUUAGCUCUUUACCACCCCUCCAACCCCUACAUUCGUUUGUUCCCCAGAUCGAACCUUAUUCCUGUUUUGGAUCUCGAAAAUUACUUGGCCAGUAAUUACUUAUAUGUUUAUAUUGCUACUGUAAUUUCCUGCGUAUGUACUGUGUAUACCUAGUAAUAUAAUUCCACUAAUUGUUGUAUUCCACUUUUUGUGAUAUUUGUUAAUUGGUUUUGUAAUAAUCGGUAUUUAUAAGAGAAACAAAAUGUUCAAAAAUGUGUUAUUUCUGUAGCAACAUUGGCAAAUUUUAAAAAUGCUAUCAAUAAAUAAAUUAA